AUGUGUUGGUUGCAUUCAAGAUUGAUCGACACCGACCAUGGAAAACUGAGGCAAUUCGCCCGUGUACUGUACCAGCGCAACGCAGCGAGCGCACUGACAAGGUGCUGCGACCGAAACACUAUCACGCUGGUGUCCGUCUACGGCAGCCUCACCUCUCCAACACUGCGCGCUUUGUACACGACUCCGUUCGACUACACUUGCAGAUCGCGCUUUGUGCAGGCCAUAUACACUCCUUCAACCUCCUACUUCUUGCUACUACAGCACCUAGACUCGUCACGCAUCGUCCGUACUCCCCCAGACCACUUUCCAACUCGACUUGAAACCAUCGCAGACAAAAUGAAGUCCGUCGCAGCACUCGCUCUCACCACCCUGGUGUCCACCUCCUUGGCUUCGUCGCACGCCUCGACUUCUCCUCUUCGACGACACCACAACAAAGGCCCCGUCACUCAUGAGCAAGCACUCGCCAAGCGCGCUACCUACUCUGGUAUGGCCACUUGGUACGACGUUGGCACUGGUAAUGCUGGCGCCUGUGGCCAGUUCCUGAACCCCAAUGACCACGUCGUCGCCUUGAACCAGCCCAUGUACGGUGACUUGGGUCAGCAAUCCUCCUGGUGCGGAAAGACCAUCGUCAUCUCCAACGGCGUAAAGACUGCUACCGCCCGCGUUGAAGAUGCCUGCCCCACAGGCGGAGGAAACUGCUAUUACGGCUCCCUUGACAUGAGUGUAGGUCUCUUCACCGAAUUCACCGGCCUCGGCACGGGUGUCUUCCCCAUCACCUGGUGGCCUGCAGGCGAGGGUGGAGACUCGGGCGGAAGCAGCAACAACAACAACAGCGGUGGCAACGACAACAGCAACAACAACAACAACAACAACAACGACAACAGCGGUGACGACGGUGCCCAGGCCGCCGCCGCUGCCGCCGCCGCCAAAAAGAAGGCUCAGCAGCAAGCUCAACAAGCUGCUGCCGACGCCUCUUCGUCCGCCGCUGCCGCCUCAUCCUCUGCCGCCGCUGCCAGGUCGUCGGCUGCCGCCUCUCGCUCUGCUGCCGCUUCCCGCGCCUCUGUCUACUCUGUGACCAAGUCGGCUGCCCGCGCCAGUGCGUCGGCUUCUAGGGCAGCUGCCAAGUCGCGCGCUAGCGCCCGUGCAAGCAAAUCCAGGGCUGCCGCUUCUGCGUCUGCAGCCUCCGUCGCUUCCGCAUCUGCCGCCGCUGCCACACCCACUGGCAACCUGAACAACUUUGCCAACUUGUACGACGGUCUUUCUAAGAUCAUCCAAGAGCAGGCUGACUCGUAG